AUGUCUGAUGACGAAGCAGACCCGGAGCUCCUUGCUCUGCUCAGACAGCAUUUCCAGGGGAAGCUGAAUCUGAAUGAAGAGCCCGAGACUGGCGUUCUGGAAGGGGCCGAGCAUGUCUACGACAACGCGAUCGACGUGGCACUGGACAUGAGAGCGACCAAGAACGCAGCAGCCAUCAUCUACAACCAGAUGCAGCAGAAGCAGUUCUCCACCGAGAGCUGGUCGGAGCACGAGCUGCAUCCAAAAGCCAAAGACGAGUCGACAGUAGCCUUCAUCUUCACCAUGGACCUUCUAAACUUCUCAUUCUGGUCGAUGCGCCCCGAAGGCGAACGCUUCGCCGUCUCCUACCGAGACAAGACCUGGACCGGCUACUGGAGCCUGGUGGCUUCACUGCAACGGGCACUGGAAGAAGAUAUCCCCAUCACCGAUCCCCACUACUGGCAAAACGAGGAAGAGUGCAACCUGGAGUCCCUGCGAUACGUCUUCCGGUCGUGUACCGAGGAGGAGAUACCGCUGCUGGAGUCCCGACUCGCGUGUCUGAGGGAGGCUGGACGGGUCCUAUACGAAAAAUACAACUGCAGCUUCACCAAGUGCAUAGAAGCCGCCGACAAGUCCGCCGCGGGGCUGGUGAACCUGCUCGCGCGGGACUUCACCGCCUUCCAGGAUGAGUUCAAAUACGAAGGGCGGCGCAAACCGAUCCGUUUCCUCAAACGAGCCCAGAUCCUCGUGGCAGAUCUAUGGGCAUGUUUCAACGGCGAGGGCUACGGGGAGUUCCGGGACAUCGACAAGAUCACCAUGUUUGCCGACUACCGCGUGCCGCAGAUCUUGGCCACGCUGGGCUGUAUAGGAUACAGCCCGCCGCUGCACGCGGUGGUGGCCCAUAAAGAAAUCAUUGACAGUGGGAGCAAGUAUGAGAUGCAGCUUAGAGCAUGCAGCAUCUGGUGUGUGGAGCUCAUCAGACGUGAGAUCAAACGGGAACACCCGGAAGCGGAGGUGAAUGCGAUAUUGAUCGACUUUUUCUUGUAUGAUACCAUGAAGCAGCUGGAGGCCCAGGGGAAGGAGACGAUACCCCAUCAUCGGACGAGGAGUAUUUGGUAUUGA